UCCUAUAUACUAAAUACAUCAACUUCUUUUAUUCUUAAACUCUUUUUUUUUAUAGGUAUGCCCUCUGCUUGUUUAUUAGUUAACCUUCUUUUAGCAUUAUUCAUCAGCUUCACAUCUGGAGAAACAGAAGUAAAGUUUACUGGGCAAACAGAAUUUGUAGUUCAUGAAACUAGUACAACAGUUAUACGUCUUGUUAUUGAAAGGACAGGAGACCCAGCUAACAUCACAGCAAUUGUAUCGAUUUACGGAGAAAACACUGGUGACUUUUUUGACACAUAUGCAGCAACGUACAUACCCGAUACAGAAACAAACAGAACUGUUUAUAUAUCAGUCUGUGAUGAUGAUCUUCCAGAGGCUGAUGAGAUGUUCAUAUUUUACUUGACAUUACAGAAACCAUCUGCAGGAAUAAAGCUUGGGUCACCAAGGUCUGUCACUGUAACAAUCUUAUCAAAUGACAAUGCCUUUGGAAUUAUUUCCUUCAAUAUGUCUGCAUUAAUCACAGUGAAUGAGCCCACAGGUAGAAAUGAAUUUGUGCCUCUGACUCUAAUUAGGGAGAAGGGAACCUAUGGGACUGUGACUGUGACUUUUGAGGUAGAAGGUGGCCCAAACCCAGCUGAAGAAGACUUGAGCCCAGCUAAGGGCAAUAUUACCUUUCCUCCUGGGAGAGCAGUGCUGAUUUAUAAAUUAACAGUGCUCGAUGACCAGAUACCAGAAAAUGAUGAAAUAUUUAAUGUUCAUCUGAGAAGUGUGGAAGGAGGGGCUGAAAUCAAUGCAACAAGAAAUACUGUUCAGAUUACUAUUAAGAAAAAUGACAGCCCUGUGCGAUUCACUCAGAGUGCAUAUAUGGUGCCCGAGGAGGGUGAUGUGCUAACAAUUCAAGUGGUUCGUGGUAAGGAUGACAGCGGAAAAUUGAUUGGAUCUGAUGAAUAUGAAGUCUCUGUCCGUUACAUCAUCAUAACUGGGAAUUCAACAGCACACGCACAGCUUUAUUUAGACUUCCUAGAUCUGCAACCAAAUAUGACUAUUGUUUUCCCAUCUCAAGUGCAUGUAUAUGACAUGAAAUUUAAAAUCUUUGAUGAUGCCAUACCAGAAAUUGCAGAGACCUUUCAGAUUAUGCUCCUUAACGACACUCUGCAAGGAGAUGCUGUUUUAAUAAGCCCUUCUAUUGUCCAUGUCACCAUUAAACCUAAUGACAAACCCUAUGGAGUACUGUCAAUCAACAGUAUAUUGUUUGCUCAGGUGGUUGUCAUUGAUGAAGACCAAACUUCAAGGUUUGAAGGAAUUACAGUUGCAAGAAAUGGUGGAACACACGGAAAUGUUUCAGUUACUUGGAUUAUAAUUCGUAAUAGCAGUGAUCCUUCACCUGUGACUGCAGACAUCACUCCUGCCUCAGGGGUGUUACAUUUUGCUCAAGGACAGAUGUUGGCAUCACUUCUUUUGAACAUUAUCAGUGAUGAUUUCCCUGAAGAGGCAGAGCCCUAUCUGCUUAGAAUUCUAGCUGAUACAAUACAGGGUGGUGCAGAAGUGAGUGAACCUGCUGAGCUUUUGUUCUACAUUCAGGACAGUGAUGAUAUUUAUGGUCUAAUAGAGUUUUACCCUUUGGAGAACCAGAGGAUUGAAAGCAACCCAGCAGGACGUUUUUUGUCCUUGAGUUUUGCAAGGCAAAGAGGAACAAUCGGAGUUGUGAGGUUGGUUUAUAUUGUCCUGUACGUUCCUGCUGGAACCGUGGAUCUUGAGCGAGCAAAAGAUGACAUCCUAAAUGUUUCAGGAAGAGGCAUCCUCAUCUUUCCAGAGGGGAAACCCCAGGACAUCUUAAAUCUACCAAUAAGAAAUGAUGCAUUUCUUCAAAAUGGUGCCCAUUUCCUCAUACAGAUGGAAAAAGUUGAGUUGGUGAAUAUCAUUCCUCCAAUCCCAUCUGUAAGUCCUAGACUAGGUGAGAUUCGGAAUAUUUCCCUGAGGAUUACUCCUGACAUUGCAAAUGGGGAAAUUGGUUUUACUAGUAAUCUUCCAAUUAUUCUUCAUGAGCCAGAGGACUCCACUGCUACCAUGGUUUCCAUUGCUCUGCAUCGAGAUGGGACUGAUGGACAAGCCACUGUGUUUUGGAGUUUUAAACCUUCUGACCUCAAUCCAAAAGCAGUAACAUAUGAUGAUCUAAGUCCUUUUAAUGGCUCUGUUUUGUUUUUAUCUGGACAAAGUGACACUACAAUCAACAUUACUGUCAAAGCCGAUGAUAUCCCUGAAAUGAAUGAAACUGUGACAUUAACCUUGGACAGGGUCAGUGUGGAAAAUGAGAUCCUUAAAUCUGGGUUUAUGAGUUGUGAACUGAUCAUUAUGGAAAAUGAUGAUCCUGGGGGAGUAUUUGAAUUUUCUUCCUCUUCCAGAGGACCCUACACUAUAAAAGAAGGGGAGUCUGUUGAACUAGAAAUUGUCCGCUCCAAGGGGACACUUGUCAAACAGUUUCUGCGCUACGCUGUAGAGCCUAGAGACAGCAAUGAGUUCUAUGGAAACACAGGAAUUCUGGAAUUUAAGCCUGGUGAAAGGGAGAUCAUAAUUACUCUGCUAGCAAGGAUGGAUGGGAUUCCAGAGCUGGAUGAACUUUAUUCUGUGGUACUCAGUAGCCACAGUGAACUGCCAAGCAAGUUGGGAAGUGCCACAAGGGUCAAUGUAACCAUUCUGAAGAAUGAUGAUCCAAAUGGAGUAAUUCAGUUCCUUGCUGAUGAACUAGCAGUAACAAUAAAUGAAAGUAAAGGAGACGAAGUCUAUGCUGCUGCUUACAGAAUUGUAAGAAACCAAGGAAACUAUGGAAAUGUCAGUGUGUCUUGGGUUGUUGAACCAGUCUCUACUAAUGACAUCUACCCAGUGCAAGGGACAGUUUUCUUUGGAAACCAGGAGUUUUCAAAAACUAUAACCAUUUACUCAUUGCCAGAUGAGCUACCUGAAGAAAUGGAAGUGUUCACCAUCAGCCUAGUCAAUACCACUGGGGGAGCCAGAGUUGGAAACACAACCAGUGCAGUUUUACAAAUCACAAGGAACGAUGAUCCCAUAUACUUUUCAGAUCCUGUUGUUGUAAAAGUUCAAGAAGGAGAUUUUGUUCACUUUACAGUCUUAAGGAAUGGAUCUGCUGAUGAAGUCAUUACUGUUUUAUAUGCUACUGUCGAUGGAGGAGCCACAGCUGAAGAGGGAGAUUUCAUUUCCAGUGGAAGGAGUGAAGCUCUUGUGUUUGGUGUUGGGGGAAGAGAACACAAAAUAUCAGUAUUUAUUAGUGAAGAUGAUACCCCUGAAACCGAUGAAACUUUUUACAUCAUCCUCUUUAAUUCUACAGGUGACACCGUAAUCUACAGGGCUGGGAUGGCUACAGUUGUCAUUGAAGCGAAUGAUGACCCGAAUGGAAUUUUCUCUUUGGAACCUUUUGACAAGCCAGUGGAAGAAGGCAAGACUAAUGUUUUUUUGAUCGUGAGACAGAGAGGACACUUUGGCAAUGUUUCUUUGACCUGGCAACUCUUUGGGAACGAUUCUGCUUUGGAGCCAGGACAAGAGUUCUAUGAAAUCUAUGGUAUUGUAUGGUUCAUGGAUGGCGAAGGAUCAAAGCCAGUAACUCUUCAUGCCAUUCCUGAUAAAAUUCCUGAAUUCAAUGAAUUUUAUACCUUAAAGCUGGUGAAUUCCUCAGGUGGGUCUCCAGGCCCUGGUGGCCAGUUAGCUGAAACCAAUCUUGCUGUAAUUGUGAUGAUCCCAUUCAAUGAUGAUCCUUUUGGAGUCUUUGUCAUAGACCCAGAGAGCCAGGACCGGGAGAUAGUGGAAGAUGUUCUCUCUGAAGAUGAUAUCUCCUACAUUACAAACUUUACAAUUUGGAGGCAACAGGGUACCUUUGGAGUUGUCCGGGUAGGCUGGGAAAUAUUAUCCAGUGUGUUCCCAGCAGGUCUACCACCAAUGAUAGAUUUCUUAUUGCUUGGAUCAUUCUCAAGUUCUGUACAGUCUCAACCUCACAGGAGGCGUCAUCACAGUGGAACAGAUGCUUUGUACUUCAGUGGAAAAGAGGAUGCAUUUGGGACUUUUGACCCUGACUUCCACUUCAGUUGGGAUAACAUGCUUGCCAACUUUACAUUUUCAGCUUGGGUGAUUCCUAACCCCAUCAGUGAUGGGUUUAUAGUAGCAAAGGACAAUUACAAUGGGACCAUGUAUUAUGGUGUGAAAAUCCAAACAAAUGAAUCCCAUGUUUCUGUCAUGCUUCAUUACACAGCACGGGUGUCCAAUAUUACAUAUGUGGCCAAGACAACUAUCAUGAAAUAUGUGAAAGAAAAUACUUGGAUUCAUCUUUUGAUUACUCUGGAGGAUGGGACAAUUGAGUUUUAUAUUGAUGGAAAUCCAGUGCCUGGAGGAAUAAAGAGCCUCAAAGGAGCAGCAAUUGUUGAUGGUCCAGGAAUAAUAAGAAUUGGUGCAGGGAUGAAUGGCAGCAGCAGAUAUACAGGAUUGAUGCAGGAUGUGAGGCUUUAUGAGCGUAAAUUGAUGCCAACAGAAAUCUAUGAACUUCAUGCCACCCCAGCAAGGACUGAUGUGAACCCAAUCUCUGGAUAUUUAGAGUACCGACAGGGAGAAACUAAUAAGUCAUUCAUUGUGUCUGCAAGAGAUGAGGAGGAGGAGGAAGGAGAGGAGUUAUUCAUACUAAAGCUUGUCUCUGUGCAUGGGGGAGCUCGAAUUCCAGAAGAAAACACCAUAGCAAGAUUAAGAGUACAAAAAAGUGACAACGCCAAUGGGCUGUUUGGCUUCACAGGAGGAUGUAUUCCUGAAACUUCUGAUGAAGGUUCCACUAUAUCGUGUGUUGUGGAGCGUACACGGGGAGCCCUGGACUAUGUGUAUAUAUUUUAUGUUAUCUCUCAGAUCGAUUCCACCAGCAUUAAUUACUCUGUUGCUGAUUUUGCAAAUACCAGUGGAACUAUCACAUUCCUUCCUUGGCAGCGAUCAGAGGUAAACCUGAUCUUAUUAAAGUUAAUCAUCUGGUUCCGUGCAAGCCUCCUGGAAAAUACCUUUUUGUGUACUUUACUGUUCUCAUACUUGGAAAUGUUUCCUUCAGACAACUGUUAUGGAACUUUAUUGAAUCUGUCACUCCUUAUAACUAAAAGUGAUGUUAUAUUCCUACAUCUAUUUAUAAACAAAAAGUUUAUAUUUACAAAAAAUAAAGUAUAGGUGGACAUGAACUGAAAUAUUGGCUCUAAACACCAUUGAACUUGGAGGAAGUUUGGAUUCAAGUCUGAACUUUGACUCAAACUCAUCUCUAUAUAAAAAGCAAUAAAAGAUCAAUUUAUUUUUAAAAAUUAGUAGCAGUCAGAUCUUUACACAGAUGCUCAGAUCAAGUGUUUGGUGUCUCCUAUUGCUCAGUUCUUUUCCUGUGAGUUUAAUUGUGGAUUGUGUUGUGGGAACUCGUACAUACAUUUGAAGAACAGGUAAAGGAGUGAGAUAGGGUAUGGCCUUUGGAGAUGUUUUAAAAAGUUUAUUUUUUUUUCUUGUGUUGCUUGAAUGCCGGUAAAUACAAUGAUAAACAUUGUUGGAAGUUUUGCUGUCAACUUCACCCAUGCAGCUCUCUUGAAGUCUGUGUAAGGGAUUGAGCCAGACCCAUUGAAGCCAAUGGAAAGAGUCUCAGUGACUUUUUUUUUUGUCCAGCUCUACCAAAAGGCCAGGGGACAUUUUGAUAUGGUUUUAAUCAGGCUGCAAUUUUAUUAUUAGUGUCUGGGACUAGCUGGCAGAUAGAAGUGUACAGUGUAGAAGUAUACAGUGUUCAAUCUAUAAUUACCCAGGGGACUUCUGCCAUCUCCCCAUCUUUUUCCAUCCAGCUGCCCCCAGCCAAUCCAUUACUGGGACCUUACCAUCCAC